AUGAGAAGACUUAAAGAAAUUGUCAAUCAUAAAAAAUUGAAUAAAACAUUUGAUUUAGUAUAUGAGAAUAUUAAACAUGGACAAAAUUAUCAACUACUCAUCUCAGCUAUGGAAUAAAUUUAAGAAUUGUAAUCUUUUGAUCUUAUUUUGGGUAGUGAUAGACCUUCACAUGAUUAAAAUGAAAUAAAAGAGCAAGGAGCUAUAAUAAUAAGUGAAUAGGUAGCUAAAUCUUAAAUACUUGAAAAAAUUUAUAUAAAACUCAACAAAAACAAUAUUGGAAAUCAGGGUGUGUUUAUUUUGUUUGAAGGAAUAUCAAAGUCUCAAAAGAUAAAAACAAUCAAAAUUGAUUUAACAGAAAAUGAUAUUGAGGACAUUGGUUUAUCAUAUUUAGGUCAAAGUAUAAAAAAUCUCCCUUAACUUUAAUCUUUGAAUCUAAAUUUGUCCAAAAAUUAGAUUAGUAUAAAAGGAAUUGAAUAACUUUUUGAAGAGUUAAUAUAAUGUAAAAGUCUGACAUAUUUGACUUUAAAUAUAAUUGAGGAUUUGGAGAAAAAGAACAUAAUUCAUGCAAAAUAAAUAGGAGAAUACCUUUCAAAAUGUAAAAAUCUAAAAUAUUUUUCUCUUUUUUUAGAGAAAGUUAGAAAGUCGUUCUAAAAUUCAUAAUGUGACUGCAAAGACUUCUCUUCAUAAAUUAGAAUGUGUGAUUAGAUCACAUUUUUAGACAUUCAAAUAAUUGGGCAUAUUGGUUACUAUUAAAAUAAUAAAUCUUUCAAAUUAUUUAAAAUUUUUAAAUUAGCUAGAUUAGUUUAAUUCAAACAUAAAAUAGUAUACUCACUGUGA